GAAAAUUCAACAUGGAGGCAGCUCAGCAGAUGAUCACAAAGAACUACUCUUUAAGAGUGUUGAAGGAGCCGAGGGGGUUCAUUAAAUUUCUCGAAUUUAUUCUAGCCAUAUUUGCCUUUGCAACAACAGCAGGCCAUUGUGGUUAUUUCACUUUCAAAUUAAGUUGUAAUGAUGAUGAUUACCCUGCUGAGAGAGUUGAUUACUGCUAUCCGUUUGACAUGACCCAAACCACAAUCUCCUAUCCCCUUUGUGUGCAUACCACGCCAUCAUCAACAAUGGCACCAAAUGAAAUUAAUCUUAAAUUGGACCCUUCAAGUUCAGCCGAGUACUUUGUGGCUGUUGGUGUGUUAGCCUUUCUUUAUUGCAUAGUCGCACUUGUUUGGUAUGUAUUCUUUGAGAAGAACCAUCGUGAUAAGGACCUACUUCCACUUGGAGAUUUCGUGAUGACCUGCAUUUUUGUCCUGUUGUGGUUGACCGGUUCAUCGGCGUGGGCCAAAGGCGUGACAGAUGUGAAGUAUGCAACUGAUUUUGAUACUGUUCAAAGUCUCCUGCCAGAAUGUUCAUUAGAGUCUGUCACUUGUACUCUUGUAAAGAGCCCAAGCUAUGCUACUCUGAAUGUUUCAAUAGUUUUCGGGUUCUUAAAUAUGUUUGUAUGGGCUGGAAAUGUAUGGUUUGUAUAUAAAGAGACUCCCUGGUUCGAUAAGUACGAGGCAUCAAAGCAACGGCCUGCAAAUCCUAUGACACCUGAGAAACAAGAUAUUGAGACCCCAGAUAAUACAAUUUAGGUUCAAAGUAGCUGAUGAUUUAACCCUUAUUUUCUUGGCUCUCCUCUUGGUUGACUGGUUUUGCAGUGUGGUGAUAUAACGUAAAAUAACAAUGUGGCACUGUAAGAGUAGUUAUGUGGAUGAGUAUUUUUGAUAGGUGGUCUCUUCCAAUUGUAGCCAGUAUUAGGUAGCCUGGUGUGGCUAAUUUUGUUAUGAGGUCAUCGUUAUUACAUUCACAUUACUGCUGAAAAUACUGUUCAGUCAUGAGAGACCAAUUUGUUAAGAAAGUCAUGUAUACAAUCAAUAAACUAAAACAUUAUCAUAAUAUCAACGACUGGCUUUUAUAGCAACAGGAAGGUGGCAGUCUUGAAAUUAUGUUUUCUUAUACUGCAGCAAAAAGGCUAAAUUAUAGGUCGCAUCUUUGAUUUUAACCCAGACCUAUACUCUUGCUUAUAACUUAUAAAUACAGUUCAUAUUAGGAUAACCCACCUCCAUUCCCAUCCCCACCUUUCAGUAUUAUCUUACUAUGAACUGGGUUUUUGCUGAUAACUGAAAUCUGCUAAAGUAAAUGGAUAUGAACAUGUAACCAUUUCAGUUAUAUAACUUCAAUAAAAAAAUCUGUGAAUUAACUACAAAUUAAAAAAAAACAUUUAUGGUACUCUAGUUCUGCAUAGAAGCAUUUACCUGACCAUACAAUGUUAUUCCCACUUCUGGUUAUUGCUGGAGAAGUUAUUGUGUUUAAUGUUAACUUUUAAACUCGCUUGUUUGAAAUGUAUAUUGUCUAUAUAUUUACUACUGUAAAAUUUGUAUUAGAAACCACUGCUUCUAAUAAAAUUGGAAAUGGAACAGACCGGGUGUUGCUUUUACGGUAAUACAGCAUCAUGUGAAUGUUUGGUUCUCAAUUAUUGAUAAAGAAUGGAUGUGGCUUCUAAUACAGAUUUUAUAGUAUAACUAGUAGUCUAUUCUAGCCAAUGAGAUGCUAUCAUGAAUGGCAAUUUUGCUUGUCCCGGGCUACAGAAUUACCUUUAAUGUCAAGUCCCAGUUGGGCAUUUUGUUUCUGUACUCUACACUACUGAUAUUCAGCGAUACUUACAGAAUCUUAGAUUCAAGAAUGCCACACAGGACACUAAUCGGGGGGGGGGGGGGUCGUGAUCCCAAAUUCGGUUUUAUAAAAGUCUAAGAGGUUAUUAUUCUUACUUGUGUUUGAAAGAUUUUUCAUAAACAGAGUGUGUGCCAUUUUGGGUUGACUGUACAUACCGGUACUCUAUAUACAGUUUAAUAUUAUUUAUGCUUUCUAAUACCUCAGUGAAUUGUUGCCAGGUGUCCCGUUAAUACUUUGUAGAUACAAAAAAGAAAAACAUAUUUGUAAUUUGUCUACAGUUUUCUAGACGUGUAAACAUCACACUUGUACUUGUAUGUGAAAUUACAUUGGAGAUGUUAAUAGGUUCAAAAACCAGUGAACUGUUUACUGAAUAGGUAAUCAACAACACUUAAAUAUCCUUGGUAUGUCAGGAAGAAUGCAUGUUUGUUAAAUGGUCAAAAUAAUUACAUUUCAUCAUUUGCUUCAUGCUAAUAGGGUGUUCCAAUGGCAGUGUUUGAAAUUUCUCAAAAUUGUCUAUCAGAUACCAUGCCCUGCCACGAAGUUACCAACCUUUUAUUAAAGAUUGAUAUAAUACUUAUGUUCUCAUUCCAAACAAGCACCACUAAAAAGAUACAUUUUUUUUUUCUUCCAAUUCCCCUCAGUAUAGUAAUAAUUUUAAUUAUUAAAAAUUUGAAAUAAAAUAUUUUUUUGCAUGUA